AUUUUAAUGGGUCCUUUCUUCUUCUCUGAAGAUCUCUAGUAUCUCGUUUCGUUUCUCUGUCUUGUGGUUGUUUCUUGAGAACCUGUUCUUGCUAAGUUUAUCUGAUAAAAGGAUUUUUGAAGAUUUGGAAUUCUGAUUUUGCUGAUUGAUUUUUGAAUUUGGAAAGGGAAAGAGAAGGUUAAUGGCUGGAAUUUGUUGUGAAGUUGUGGGUGAAAGUGAGGCAGUUGCUGCAGUUGUUGAACCGAGCUCACGACCUUCAAGGCGGAGAAAAUUGGAACUCCUACCAUUCAAGUUAAUCGCUGAUGCGGCUGUGCAGCCACCGUUGGAAAAUAGCGGAAAACAGGUGAAACUCGAUACUUGUACACUUUCACUCGGUGAACCUCCACUAAAGCGUCCCCGUGACUGCGACAACGCAGUGGAGAAUUGCAAACCGGAAGAACAUAAGUGUAAAGAAAAUGAACAAAAUGAAGAAUUUGAGAAGAAUGAACGUUUUAAGCAUCAAUCAGUCAGCGGCGGCUCAGAUUCGGCGAAUUUGGACCAUGAAUUGGCAGAGGAAUCGGUGAAAUUCGGCACGACUUCUGUUUGUGGUAGAAGAAGAGACAUGGAGGAUGCAGUUUCUGUAAGGACGUCGUUUGCCGGCGGGAAAACUUCUUUCUUUGGUGUAUUUGACGGUCAUGGUUGCUCUCAUGUGGCGAUGAAGUGUAAAGAUCGGCUGCAUAAGAUAGUGAAAGAAGAAAUCGAAACAUUCGAAGAUUUGAAGUGCGUUGAGUGGAAGGAAACGAUGGAGAGAAGCUAUGCGAAGAUGGACAAGGAGGUGGACAAGUGGUGCAUCGACGGAGAUGAUAAGAACACUAACUGCCGUUGCGAGCUCCAGACUCCACAGUGCGACGCCGUUGGCUCAACGGCUGUAGUUGCAAUUGUGACGCCGAACAAGAUCGUCGUCUCCAACUGCGGCGACUCCCGCGCUGUGUUGUGUCGCAACGGUGUCGCUAUCCCUCUUUCCUCCGAUCAUAAGCCUGACCGACCGGAUGAAUUAGCUCGAAUCCAAGACGCCGGUGGCCGUGUAAUCUAUUGGGACGGUGCAAGGGUCUUGGGUGUUUUGGCCAUGUCGAGAGCAAUUGGCGACAACUAUUUAAAACCGUAUGUAAUAUCGGAGCCGGAGGUGACGGUGACGGAACGGACGGCGGAGGAUGAGUGUUUGAUACUGGCAAGCGAUGGCUUGUGGGACGUGGUAUCAAAUGACACCGCAUGUGGAGUCGCACGUAUGUGCCUGCGUGCACAGAGGCCGAAGCGGAAAUCACGGCCGGGUUCGCCUGGCAGCGACGCCGUCGUGGGCAGUAAUACGGGUGAAAGCUCCGAUAAGGUCUGCUCGGAUGCUUCAAUACUGCUGACGAAGCUGGCCCUGGCUAGGCAUAGUACGGACAAUGUGAGCGUUGUCGUGGUUGAUUUGAGGAGGAAUCAACCGGCAUCAUCAUGAAUCACUAGUACAUAAUAUUGUAAUUAGAAAAAAAAAUUGUUCUUUUCAGCUUCAAAUUGUAACUUUGUAGAAUUUCCUGGAAGGGGGAAAAAUUAGAGAAAAUGGGGACUUGGGAUUUAGUUUUUGAGAGAAUCUCCUUCUGAAAGAGGGAGGAAAGUUUAAAGAAAAUGGAAAUUUUCUUUUCGAGGUUUAAUCCUUGAUCGUAUAGUUCAAUUUAAGUGGUAAAGCUUCUGAUUUUUUUUUUUUUUUGAGCUUGUGAUUUGUGUUUGUGGAUUUGUUAUGUAAUUGUUCAACUCAGCCUUCUCAAUCAUUCCUUGAUAAUUAAUUUUAAAGAGUUCUUGGGUAUUGGACUCCUCUCUUAA